AUGAACUUCGAAUUGAGCAACACUAAACAGAUUGGCGUUGGCUUAACAUUAUUCGGUGUUACUUUCUUCACUCUGGGAAUUAUCCUCUUCCUUGAUUCAGCGCUUCUCGCUAUUGGAAACUUGUUAUUUGUGAGUGGUCUCGUAUUGGUGAUUGGUAUUCAACGAACAGUAUCAUUUUUCUUUCAAUGGCAUAAGAUCAAGGCAUCUUCUUUAUUUUUCGGUGGUAUUUUUGUUGUGUUGAUUGGAUGGCCUUUGAUUGGUAUCAUUGCUGAAAUUUGGGGAUUUGUUCUUUUAUUCGGCGGAUUUCUUCCGGUGGCCAUCAAUUUCUUACGACAACUACCUGUAAUUGGUUCUUUUUUGAAUAUGCCUGGUAUUAGUCAGAUUCUGGAUCGGUUUGCACCUCAGAGUCGCUAUCCAGUAUGA